UCAGCAGAUGCAACCAUCGCAGCCAAGAUGAGGAACGUCUUUCCAAAAUUUAAAUUCAAACAACUCGACACUUUCGUCUCAGUCAUUGUGAUUUUUAUUUACAAUGUUGUGCUUGACAAGAAUAUGGAGUGCUUGUGUGAACUAAGUACUCCUAACUGCAAUCUCUACAUGGCUUUGCCAUUUCUUAUUAUAUUUGUUUUACAACUCACAAUGGACAGGAAAUGUCACAGACGGUGGUGGAGAUGCACAUCUACCUGCACAUCCACAGACAGAGGCACACCCACUCCAGCCAUGACAACCUUGAAGAUGAAGAAGUGGAAGAAGUGCACAUGUUUCUGGAUUUUCUUUUUUCACUUUAUGAAGGCAGCGUUUGUUGCUUCGCUGUGGGUUGUGUCUCUGUUGAUCGAUGGAGACUGGUAUGUUUGCUGUAAGAAUAAAUAUUCUGACAGACAUCCAGACUUGGCCUGCAAAGACAAGGAAAGCGUCGCACCUGAGGAAAAGAAAAUGAUCGCUGAACUGAAAAACACGUCAUGGAACACUGGCAUGACUGUACUCAUUGUUUUUCUCAUUUUGACUGCCCUAAUGUCACCGUUUGGAUGGAUAAAAUUCUGCAAUAAAACAUGUUGCAAAAUGACUCUAUACAACAAAGCACUGAUCGACGAGGAGGAGAACGUACUUCAAGAGGUUUUGAAAACAGCAGCAAAAGAAAAGUUGACAAAUGAAGUCAACAGAAGAAGAGAAGAGGAGGAGUGGAGACAUUGCUUUCGUGUUGAAGAAAUCCAGGAAGCUGAACAUCCUCCUGAAGAACCGAAUGAGGAGUUAGAGGAGGCUUCACAAACUGUCAGAAAGCCACAGAAGAAAUCAAGAAGCAGCCAAUUGGACUCCAAGGAAACGAUUCCUCUUCAAUCAGUGAGCCAGCCGCUCACUCAACCUAGUUCUUCAGUGAACUGAGUCAACACGGCCCAUGUUGGAGGAGUCCGACAGUGUUGUAGUACCCGAGAUCAGUUCUGGUCUCAAGUUGGUCUCGGUUUAGGUGGUCUUGACUACAACACUGGAGUGCGGUACAUCAGCACACUGCUGAGAAAUAUCAUGUGAGCAUAAUUCACCUGAAUGAUAAUUUCACUUGUGAUCACUGGACAUAUACUGUGGUUUUAAAGAAUGUCCUGUUGAUCUGUUGUUAAUAUAUUUUCUGUGUUUUCCCAGUUUCCUGUAUACAUCAGUGUUUGCUAUGGCCGAUAUUUACCGUUCAUCAAAAUGUAAUCGGAGUCUAAAGCUUUAAAGCUCCCUGUGAACAGAAAGGUGAAGAUCUGCUGACUUUUGUAAUAACACUCGACUAUAAACACGAUAAGUGAUUUUCAUGUUCACAUUGAGUUGUAUCAUUUUGCUUCACGUUGUAUUUAAUGCUUGUCUUAUUGCUGUCUUAAUAAACUCGAAGCUUCCACAAAACAAUGAAGAGAAAACUCA